AUGGCCCAGGAGCGCGAGUUCUACAAAUACUGCCAGCUUCCCCAGCGCCCUGGCCUUCUCGAUCGACCGCCGGUCUCCCCUCGCACCGAGCAGAACGUCGAGCUGCUUCCUCAGUCCUCUCAGGACACGACGCUGACGGCGCUUGCGCAGCUGGGCGCCCUGCGGCUGAACUGCCAGCGAUGCAUGAUCUCUCUCUUUGACCGCCGCACCCAGUAUAUCCUGACGGAGGCGACGCGCACUCUUAGCCUGCAAGAUGACCGCGUCCAUUUGGACGGCGAUGCGCUCUGGCUGGGGAGCAGUGUGAUUCCUAAGGAGGACGGGAUUUGUCAUCUCGUCUGCCAGGAAUCUAGUCUCAACGCCAGCCAGUGCGAGUCCGACCCCGCUUGCGGGUUGGUUGUUCCCGACCUGACGAAAGAUGAUCGGUUCAACAAACGGCAGUACGUCGUCAAAGCGCCGCAUCUGCGCUUCUUCGCUGGCGUACCGAUUCGCAGCCGACGCGGGAUCGCUAUCGGUGCGUUCAGCGUCAGCGACGGCAAGACGCGGCCGAGCGGUCUCACGUCGCUGGAACUCCGAUUCAUGACCGAUACUGCUGCCGCGAUCAUGAACCAUCUGGAGAUGGUGCGAUCGCACGAGCAGAACCGCCGUGGAGCGAACAUGAUCGCCGGGCUGGGCAACUUUGUCGAAGGGGGUAUAUUCCCCUCCAGCAGCCUUCGCCGGCGCAGCCGGCUCAAUGUCGACAAUGAGACGGCUGCCAAGGACGAUUCACCGCGGAACAGCGUCUUGGUCUCUCGUCGGAUUCACGCCCGGUCUGAACAGUCGACAGCUAACGAUCGCGCGCAGCGCGAAAAGUCGCCAAUCCCGUCUGUGCCCGAAUCCAAGGAGUCCAACGAACUGCAGCCUCUCUGCGAACCGUCGACACCGAAACGAAAGCGCGAGAACGAAGUCACCCUGACUUCAGGCACCCGCGAGAUCUUUGGCCGCGCCGCCCGUAUCCUUCAGGAGUCGCUGGACGUUCAGGGGGUGGUCUUCUUCGACGCCAGCGUCAAGUCGUACGCCGGCUUGGUCCGCAAUUCUGACGACCGACCUUCUGAUGCUGAGAGCAGCAGCGGUUCUAGCGAGGCUCCUGAGGCAAGCUCCAGCGACAGCGACAAUCCGGCCACGGGCCACUCGACCACCGAUACGGACGACUUCUCCACAUCCGAUGUGCUGGGAUACUCGCUUGAGGAUCCAGAACAGCCCAUGGGCGCGAUGCGCGAGACCUUCCUGCGAUCGCUUUUACGGAACUAUCCGCAGGGUGCCAUCUUCAACGUCGAUGAGAACGGCAGUAUCUCCUCUAGUGAAGGCAGCGAUAGCUCUUCAGGGACCAGUGUCUCGCGGGAGAUUGUCUACCGCCGCCACGAAGCGCCCAAAGUCCAGCGGCGGUGGAAGCAGCAGAAACGCCACCGGCUCAGCCUGAAGGAAGAGAACAAAUGGUUGCUGAAGAUCUUCCCGUCUGCGCGCUGCAUCACCCUGUUCCCACUCUGGGAUUCCCGCCGCAACCGCUGGUUCUCGGGCCUGUUUCUCUGGACCAAGUCGCCGCGCAGCUUCAGCCUCGGAGGAGAGCUAGCGUACCUCUAUGCCUUUUCGAACAGCAUCAUGGCCGAGAUCCACCGGUUGGACAUCGAGCUAGCCAAUCGGGCGCAUGCGACGCUUGUUGGCAGUAUCUCGCACGAACUGCGCAGCCCUCUGCAUGGGAUCCUGGGUAGCACCGAGCUGCUGGGCGACUCGGACCUGACCCCUGCGCAAACGGCGCUCGUCAACACGGUCGAGCACUGCGGUCGCUCACUGCUGGAUAUUAUCAACAACAUGCUGGACUUUGCAAAGAUCAACCAGUUCGCGCGCAAGUCGCGGUCGUCACGGUUCAAGUCGUCGUCACCCCGACGGCGCCAGCACCGAUUUCUCAUGCCUGCUAAGGGAAACGGAGUGGUGAAUCUCAUUUCCGACGUGCAGCUGGACGCGGUGCUGGAAGAAGUUGCCGGCAGCGUGUUCGCUGGGCACUGCUUCAGCUCUAAGAACCGCACCCUGGCGCUAGCCUCUGUCCCAACCCUAGAUAGGGAGGGAGAGCUAGUCAUGGCCAGCCCGACGGAGCGGCCGCUUUCGGUCUUUAACGAAUCCCUCACGGUGAUUUAUGAUGUCGCGCCGGAUUUCCAGUGGCUGUUUGAGACGCAAGCUGGAGCGUGGCGUCGCGUGCUGAUGAACCUGUUUGGGAAUGCCCUCAAGUACACCCAGUCCGGCUAUAUUCUAGUCUCGCUCAAAUCAUCUACCCCAGCAACGGCCAAGGGACGAAGGCUCUCACGCGGUGAGAGUGCCGACACCGCCACUGUGACACUUACAGUCAAGGACACUGGUCAAGGUAUUGACAAGGAGUACUUGCAGAGCAACGUCUUCAAGCCCUUCUCACAGGAGAACCCUCUCUCACCCGGCAGCGGCCUGGGUCUCAGCAUCGUCCAUCAAACUGUUGUCUCGCUCGGCGGCAGUAUCGAUAUUGUCUCCACCAAAGGCACCGGCACAGAGGUCAAGGUCCGCGUUGACCUGCCACGCACGCCCAAAUCCGAGGCAACAAAUGGCGACCAGAACCAACACCACAAAGCAGUGACGGAGACCAGGGAGCUUGUUCGGGGUAAAUCCAUCGGCCUCGUCGGAUUCGGUACACCGGCUGAGCACAAUGAGGAAGCCCUGACUCUGCUCCGCUCCUCGCUCCAGCGCAUGUACCAGGAUUAUUUCGGUAUGGAGGUCGGCUUUGCGUCGCCCGGAAAUCCCGGCUCAUUUGACAUCUACGUCGUUCGACAGACAUACCUCGAUGUGGCCGAUGAAAUCUUUCGCAACGUCGGUACAGUGCAUGGCAAACGGCCGGCUGUGCUGGUCAUCUGCUCGACGCCACAGAUUGCGCAAAAGCUGUCCAGCACCGCGAGUCAGCGGCGUUCCCCUGCUGUAUACGAAUUCAUCAGCCAGCCCUGCGGGCCAUGUAGAACAGCCGAUGCGCUCAGGGGGUGUGUCAAUCGUCGGGAGACUGAGAGUCCGCGUCCGAGUCCGCCAUUAACUAGUGAGACUAUAGAUAGCUAUGGCCAUGUCACUGUCAUUGAGACUGCAAACAGCGGCGCAAGUGGCAUGCCAUAUACAGGAUGCGCUACGAAUGGCUAUCGCGCUGCCAAUGGCAUCCCACAGGACACUCCCCAAGUUCAUACAAACCAGCGUGCGAACGGCCUGACAGGACUCAAAAUCGAGACUCUGAAAUCCCCCGCCUCUCCGAUCGCUCUCUCCCCCAAAACACUAGCGCUGCAAAACGGCAAGACGGUUUCCACAGGCGUCGAGGUCCAGCUCAGCCCGACCUCAGCAGUGACGACCAUCACCACCUCUGCCGUCGAGGAGGGCGAUGGCGCCGUGACCGAAAUCUCAGCGACCCUUGAAGCGUCUCACAUUGUUCCCUCGGUGCUACUCGUCGAUGACAAUUCGGUCAACCUGCAACUCCUCGUUGCGGUCAUGAAAAAGGCCAAGUUCUCCUACUUUACUGCGUGCAACGGCCUCGAAGCGCUGGAAGUGUACAAGGCGCAUGCAAAGGAAAUUCACGUGAUUCUGAUGGAUAUCUCCAUGCCGGUCAUGGACGGCCUCGAAUCCACGCGGGAGAUCCGGCUCUUUGAAAAAACGCAGCGCGAAAGUCCAGCGUUUAAGCCAGCGACAAUUAUCGCACUCUCGGGAUUGGGCAGCGCGUCUGUGCGCCAGGAGGCGUUUAAUUCAGGGCUUGACCUGUUUCUUUCGAAACCGGUGCGGUUUCAGGAGCUUACCACGCAGUUGGGGGAGUUGAUGCGAUGACCAAACUCUUAUGGAUGGUUCGAGUGGGGUGAUGCCAUGGGGUUUAAAAAUUUUUUUAGGGUAUAUAUUCUUUCUACCUUCCUGAUAUAUUGGAUUAGGUGAGGCUGGCGUUCGGGGUAGGGUAGCUUUGGUCUGGUCUUGUUUGCAUAGUGAUACCGAGGGAGAUCAUGGGCAUGCUUCUGCAUGAUUCUGGAAGAUAAUAUAACUAUACUCCACAUCUAAUCAAACCUU